UCUCCUCGUUAGCUUCAACGCCUUGUCACCCUUUGAUGAUGGUCAGAGUAUUCAUUUUCUUGCCUUUGAACCCUUCCACUCCCAUCCUUCAUGACGUUUGUUAUGUGAUCGGCACACAGUCAUAAACACCAAAGCAUCCAACAAAGAGGUGUAUUUAGACAUUGACUCUUGCUUUCUUAAGUCCUGUCUUCUUGUCAUCUUCCUCUCGAGCAAACUCAUGCUCGCGAUGACUUUGUGGCUGAUGUUGGAUGUGUGCGAAUGAUUCCCCACAUCAAGUCAAGUCAACGAAUCUGUAUUGUUAUUAGUCUCUCAUCCAACAGCCAAUCCCAGUCUUCUGAUAAGGAUCCUUCCUUCCUCCCAACUCGAGACACUAUUCUAAUCAGCUUUGAACGAGGAGAUGAAGUUGGCGGUGGAGGUCGUUCGAGCCCACCGCCUGAAGCCCACAGGCAGGCACGGCACGACGAACCCCUUCGUCGAAGUGGAGUUCGAUGGACAGAGACGCCGCACCGCGACCAAACUCAACGACCUCAACCCGUCGUGGAACGAGACCCUCGUCUUCGACGUCUCCGACCCUCUUGAUCUCCCCGACCGCACCAUCGACGUCUCCGUCUUCCACGAGCGCUUAUCCUCUUCCGUGGACCACCGCCGUCGCCGUCGCAGCUUCCUCGGCCGCGUUUGCCUCCUUGGAUCCUCCGUGGCGUCCUCGCGCCUCGACGCCGCCCUCCAGCUCUGCCCCCUCGACAAACGCAGCCUCUUCUUCAACGUCCGUGGUGAAAUAACCCUCCGCCUCUACGCCGUCCCUGACGCCUACGAAGCCCAAGCUGCCGACGGCCACCGUCCCCUCUCCUCCGUCUCUGCACCUACUAUUGUUCUGGAAUCCAUUCCAUCAUCAUCCACUAUCCUCGAGUCCAUUCCUUCCACCAUAUCCGCCGCCGAAACGCUGCCGCCCAAGUCCACCGUAUCCGUCGGCGAGAUGAUGCCGCCUAAGAAGAAGAGCCAUCGUUCGUUUACCAAGGAAAAGGAGCGGAGAGAGUUCCGCUCUGUCGGGACCCCAUCUGCGACAGGAAAGAGUCAAGUUAGCCAGACAACAGAGUUCUUCUCGAACCACGAAAGGAGCCACCAUCGCUCGCCGCAGUCUUAUUACCGGGCGAACCAUGACCUGGCGGGGCCAGCGGUGGCGGCAUCAGUGCAGCAAGCUCCUCCGCCCAAAAUUGAGUACGGGAUCGUCGAGACCCACCCGCCACUCGCGGCCCUCAUGGGCUACCGGCUCGCCAGAAACAGCGACAAGAUCAAAAGCACCUACGACCUCGUGGAGCAGAUGGAGUUCCUCUUCGUCCGCAUCGUCAGGGCCCGCAACCUCCCUGCCAUGGACAUCGUCGGCAGCCUCGAUCCUUACGUCGUGGUGAAGCUUGGCAACUUCACCAACAAGACCAAUCACCGGGAGCGAAACCGGGACCCGGAGUGGGAAAACGUCUUCGCCUUCUCCAAGGGCCACAUCCAGGCACAGCGCCUGGAGGUGGUGGUGAAAGACAAGAACUUAAUCAAAGACGACAUCGUGGGCGACGUCGCCAUCGAGCUCCCCGAGGUCCCCUUGCGCGCUCCGCCGGAUGGCCCCGUCGCCCCUCAGUGGUACAGGCUGCGGAAGGGGAACAACCGCGACGAUGACGCCUACCGGGGGGAGAUCAUGAUGGCCGUGUGGAUGGGCACGCAGGCGGACGAGGUGUACCCGGACGCGUUGCACUCCGACGCUCACCUUCUUCCCCUGGCGAGCAUCCCCCACACCCGCUCCAAGGUCUACUUCAGCCCCCGCAUGAGCUACCUCCGGGUCAACGUCAUCUCGGCCCAGGACCUGAAGCCGUCCCGCCCCGACCCGGCGAUCUACAUCAAGGUCCAGCUCGGUGCCCAGCUGCGGUGGACUCUCGUCUCCUCGGACCGCUCCCCGGACCCGACAUGGAAGAACGAGGAGCUCAUGCUCGUUGCCUGCGAGCCUUUCGACGAGCCCCUCGUGCUCAUGGUCCAGGACCGUCUCCUGCCGAACAAGGACGAGACCUUGGCCAAGCUGGAGAUUCGCAAGGGAGCCAUCCGCACCCGCGCCGACCACCACAAGCCCUUUGCCCCUCAGUGGUUCAACCUCGACAACCCCAAUGGAAGCAGCGGCAGCGGCAACGGCAGCGGCUACGGCAAGCUCCAGCUUCGGGUCUACUACGACAACAACUACCAUGUGAUCGACGAGUCCGC